AAAAAGAAAAAGGACGUCAGAGCCUUACAACCACCUAUCGGAAUUACGAUGUCGUUUUGGGCUGUAGAUUCUGGUCGUAAGUUAACAACCCCAAAGAACUCAAUGAAGCAUAGAUCCGAUCAAAUGAUGUUUUACCCUGCAAUGGAUUGGAAGCCUCGCUCUACUUUGAGCUACUUCAUCAUCAUCUCUCUUUUGUCUCUCCACUACCCUGUUUCUGAUGGAGCCUCGGGGGUUUACUUCCUCGACAGUUCCGCUCAGCGGUAUGUACGCCCUUCUUCACCGGAUGAGACUUCUUCGAUGUCACUUCCAGAAGUAGGUGCUGCUGUAUCAGUCUUACUUGGCUUUGCACCUCCAGCUACCCUUUCUGAUGAGAGUUCAUCUAAGUUAAAUGAAGUGCUUGCACCUAAUCCAUUUGAUAGACCUCGUGCUGUUCUUUUGCUAGAAGUCACAGGAGUUGAAGGGUCACAUUUUUUGGUUGGUUCAAAGAAAUUUGUAAGUACAGCUCACAGGAGAGACAUUCUUGGGAAUACAAAUAAAGCUGACAUUCAUCUACCAGGGGAGGAAUUUGUAUCUUUGCUCACAUUGAAUGAACCUUUAGAUUCAGUAGCUGAAUUUUCAGAGAAAGAACUAAUUGAUUUUGCAUCAUGGUUGCAUGGCUCGUAUGUAGCUGUUAGUGAAGAACAGUAUUCUGGGGAACUGACUAUACCUUUGGAGAAUGAAGCUGAGUUGAAAUUUGACCUUUCAAAGAAAGAAGUAAGAGAAUUUUUAAGAAGCCUUAUUUCAUUGACCCUCAAUAUUCACAAGGCAAUGGAUCUCCAUCAUGAUUUGUCUGAGAGUGAAAAAAAUAGAGCUGAACUUGUUGUUGCAAGAUUUGCUGCCAUUGAGGCAAUGGAAAUCAAGCAUGGGACAGAAAACGUAGCACAAGCUAUGAGACUAUCUGUUCAUGUCAUUUCGAAGAUAUUUGAUUUGUUAUGCAAUGCAUAUAAAGGGGAAAUUGUUGGAGUAGUUGUCUACAAUCCAGCAUCUGAGCCAAUGCUGAAUGUGAUCCUUGAUUCUAGACCGUCGGCGCGGUGGCUGGAGGAAAUAUAUACCCCCAUUAAUGAUACUCUUAUUGAAGCUCAGCUACUGGUUAGAAGAACGGUAGCAUGGAGCACAGGAAUUUUGCUUAUAAUUGCAACUCUUUUAGGGAUUUACGCCCUUCUCAACAUGUCUGUCACAAGGGACACCCUUCUGUAUUCUAAUGUCAAGCUCGACUAAGCUUUCAUAAGCAGUGCAUUUAGUCAUUGGGAAAUUUGAUGAUGCAAUCAGACGCCUGAUACAAGAUAUUGUGUUGCUGUGAUGCAUCUAUUACCCUUAUAUCUACUUUGGCAUGUCUAUCUCUGCGCAAAAUAAAAUGAUUGCUCUAGUUUUGAGGAUGUUAGUUACGCUCUGUAAAUUUUUACAGAAUCCCUAUAUCAUUAAAGUUGGAUACAAUGGGAAGUUGGUAUGGUAAAUGCUUAUGAUUGGGUUUGGUUAUCCAGGGUAAGAUGAUAAAGAGCCCAGUCUUUUCUUUAUCUUUGUUGUGUCAUAUUAGGUAGCUUAUGACUUAUGGUCUGGAGUCUGGACUUAUAUUAUCUUGUAAUCUAGAUCUAAAUAUUCUUUAUUGCAGCCAUGCCUGAUUUCAAUAACUGGUGCCCUAUGUUUUUUCUGGCAUCUUUGUUCUUACG